AAAUUGCUGAGAUAUAACGCAGCAAAAAAUGUUGCUAAAACUACAUAAAUUGUGUGGACGACACGAACGAUGGCUUAGUACCAGCCUGGCAGCAAGACAAUCAUUCAGAAAAUGGUACCAACAGCUGUGGACAACGAAGCGCACGAACCUGCCACCCUACGAACACUUCACCCAGAUUGGGGAUCCGGUGCUGCGCGACCGGGCAGCGGAGGUGCCAGCGGAUUGUGUGAACAGCAAGGAAAUUCACGCGAUUGUGGAUCAGAUGGUCCACGUGCUGCGCAAAUUCGAUUGUGUGGGCAUUGCGGCGCCACAAAUUGGUGUCUCCCUGCGUAUCAUUGCCAUGGAGUUCAGGCGAAGCAUCAAAAAGGAUCUAUCCGACGCUACAUAUAAGAGGCGACAAAUGUCGGAGCUGCCAUUGACUGUGCUCAUCAAUCCUCAGCUGACGGUGACCAAUUAUACUAAACAUAAGCAUCCCGAGGGCUGUAUGAGUGUGCGUGGCUUUUCCGCUGAAGUGGAACGCUAUGAAGGUGUCAAGCUUUCUGGUCUGGACAGACAGGGCGUCCACUCGGAGCUAGAGUUGAGCGGCUGGAAUGCUCGCAUCGCCCAGCACGAGAUGGAGCAUUUGGAUGGCAAAUUGUACACGGAUCACAUGGAUCGUUCCACGUUUAUGUGCACCUGCUGGGAGGCGGUCAACACGAAAUCGGGUCGCGUGGAAAUACCAUUUUACAAAUAAUUGGAGCACUUAAUGUAUAAUUUGAAGAGUUACAAAAAAGUGUGUUUAUAGAA